UGCGACAGACGCCAUCUGCGCCGGUUGGGAAGAGGAAAUAGUUGGUUGCUUGUCCAGCUCCGCCUUUGCCAGCCGCGUCGCCCUCGCCCUUGCCCAUGGUGAGAGGAGGUCACGAUAUCGCUCAAUGUUCCAGCGAGGCUACGGAGUACGACGACAGAAAUCUGUACGGACGCAAUGCUGCGCGUGACAGUGCCCAGGAAGGUGCGACUGCCCUUACUGAGCGAAACGAGGAGGAAGAAGAUGGGGGAAGCUGCGGUCCACGUGAAGACGACGGUGAUGACGAGUAUAUGGACGUUGGGGAUGAGAACAUGCAGGACCAAAACAUGCAUGGCGAUGACGACGUCGGUGUCACGUCGGAGCAUGGCCCUGGCGACAUCCCCACCGGUUCUGUGGGAGCGGCUGUUGGUCGGCCCUUGUCGUCCCCUGCGAUAUGGCAUUCGCAAGGCGGGAGUCAGGGUGGGCAUGACUCGCAGGAGCAGGGAGGAUCAAAGUCGAGGAAAAGGACAAGAAAAACUUCUCCUUCUGCUUCCGCUCACAAGAGACAAGCGAGGACUGACGCUGUUAAUGAGGCUCGUGGAGCUCUGGUGGCAUCCCAGGAGGCGAGACCUCCUCGAAAGAGCAGCCAGGAGGGAAGAUCUGGCGGUCGUGGCGGCGACCGUGGUGGCGCAAGAAAAGGCAUCGUGAAUGCCAUCGAGAGUUUCAUCACCACGGAACCGGGGGCGUGGGAUAGGCCUGACCUCGUGCUUGCGCCGGUUGACCGCACCGACAUUGUUGGCGGGCAGGGUAGGCGGAUAACACCGACCGAAUUCUUGGAAAGAGACUCCUCGGAAUUCGAUUGGUAUGCUGUCUGUGGUCAGCAUACGGUAGAGGCCAUGAAGACAUUGGUAAAAAAGGGCUCUCCGGCAAUCGACGUCUAUGGCCUUCGCGCGUACUCUAAGGUGUGGGUCGUCUAUUUUGGAGAUGAGCAGACGCGAGGGUAUUUCAAUGUCUCCGCCUUCGACAACACGCGCGAAAAUCGGGCCAUGAUGUUGUCCUUCGAGGAUGUUGUCCGUGAUAUGAGGCAAUGGUGGAUCGAUAACCAUCGAAUCGAGGCCCCGAAAGGCAAGGUCAGCGAUAAGGAUGCGGUCGCCGUUGCGCACCAAAAGAAGUGGCAGAAUUUCUUAAGGGCCUCCAUGGGNGAUAAGGAUGCGGUCGCCGUUGCGCACCAAAAGAAGUGGCAGAAUUUCUUAAGGGCCUCCAUGGGGAAGGCAUGCGACAAGGCGUUCGUGAAGCAAGCGCUCGAGAAUGAGUACAGUAAGGAUUGGAGCAAUAAACUCCGUGGCUACAUGAACCUCGCCACAUCCACCGAGGCUGUGUGGCCACUGGUCGAGAAGUUCUUCGAGAUGUUCAACGAGGGGAAGCUGCCAGUUGGCAAUGGUAAAAUACCGCUUGACAUGCCUGGUAGGAUGGAGGGGCGCCAGCCAGGCCCGUACACCGACAAGACGAAAGGGCAAAGAACAUUAUACCAUUGCAUAUACACGAGAGAUGGUCCCAAAGGCUCCACGGUGUCGUGGAAGGAUCUUUGUCCUUCCUACUUCAAAAAUUUUGGGGAUUGGACGUGCCGCGAGAGGGAAGUUGCACUGCUCCUCCUCAUGCAAGGGAAGGUGGUCACGACGAACAUCAAGGUCAUGCCUCCGAGAGUGAAUACGGAGUGCCUCCUCGACAUCAUGCGCAAGGAACGGUACAUGGUCCGUAUGUUCAACUACGUUGUUUUUCGCGCCGAGGGAAGGGCGGACGAUGAGUGGAAUGUUGCCUUCUUCAUGUCCUACAAGGACCUCGAAGACAGGUAUGGGCCGAACGGUCUGUGUGCAGCUGAAUGGGAGAAGGAACGAGACAAGUUGCAUGUCAACAAAGUGAAGACGGUCCCUCGACGGCUUGGAGGGGUGGAGGAGGCAAGGCAAGGAUCAGGCUUGGGACCUACGGCGACAAUGUAUAAGGAGGCUCCGUUCCACUUUAAGGUGUUUGUAUACACCUCAAUCGAUAAGCUCGAUCUGCUUCGGGCAGAGGUCAAACGGGUCGCCUCCAGUGCACGUCACAUCGUGGCCGUCAUCCUUGACAUCUCCCCCGCUAACUUUUGCACGACGUGGACCUCUCAAGAGUUCGACGCUCUGCACUCUAUGAUGACUAAGUGUUGUGACGUUAAUUGGGUUUUUCUUGCCUUCGCACCGCAGAAGGUGCAAAGUGAUGUUCUGCGUUGCUUAUUCCAGUGGGAGGACAUCGAACUCAUCCUCGGGACCUGGAAACGGGUGGACAGGCCAUCAAAUGACAUCACGAGGAAGAUUCUUCGGACUCCGACCUCGAACUGGGCGAGGACACAUGUGCUGAGGUUCCGCGCGGAGGAAUGGUGCAAGCUCAUGAUGACGGAAGGGUCCAUCCCAGUGGCCGUCCCAAGCGUCGCCUCAAUGGUGGCCCCGUCGGAAACUGCUGUAUUGCAAGACAUUGGAAGAUGUCGUGGCAAUGAAGAAGACGACAUUGAGAUACCAGGCGAGGCGUCGACGCUCGCACCAAGCGAUGCAAUUCCUCCAGGCUACUGUGCUGACCCGAACACGAUUUAUUUCUUGGAGGGCAAACACACCCACACAAGCGAGGAUCAAUGGGGCCAUGACAUCAUAUGGCAUGAGGGCGUUUUACAGCCGUGCAUCCAAGAUGGGGAGUGGAAGAUGGCGGUGAAAUACACAAGCGGUGGGAAGACUUUUCGCCGGAUGUCAAAGGACAUCUGGUUGAAAACGACGGAGCUCGCGAUCCUGCAUCGCGUGCGCGUCGAGAAUCCAGGGCAAAGCGAGGCCGCCAUCAAAGCCAAGGCCGAAGAAUUGUUUCAUGUCUUGCGCGACAAUCGGUAACUGGAGUAUAGCAACAAAUUUUAUGCCCUGCG